AACAUUAAUCAAAGUAGUCGUUAUCGGAGAGUGAUCGUCGCGUGAGGCCCGAGAGUUCCCAAGCUAGAAAUAUAAAUUUUGGAAAAAAUAAAAUCGGCAAAAUGGUGAUUAUUACUAAUGAACAAAGUAUAUCUGUGCCAGAAUAUCUGAACGAAGCCUUCUUUGUGGAUACCUUGGAGGAGGGUUUGCGGGAAACAAAAGUAACGAUCUACGAGAUCAGCUUUGAAUGGGGCAGCAAUCCGGGGGAUAACUAUUGCUCAGCGAUCUAUCGCGUGCUCUUGAACUUUGCACGUUGGACUGACGGCAAAGAGUCAAAGAAAAGGGAGAAAUUAUCGCUUAUUGUGAAAACAAUUCCCAUUUCGGAGGGUACACAGUUCCUGGAGGAUGUCAGUGUGUUUAUCAAGGAGAAACAGACCUAUACAGAUAUAUUGCCACGCUUGGAUAUUCUUACCAAUGGAAGCAGAUUCGGUGCCAAAUACUAUCACUCCAUGAAGACGCCCGUGCAGACGAUUGUAUUUCAUGAUCUGAAAGUUGAGGGCUUUAGAAUAGCCUCCCGUGAGGCAGGUUUGGAUUGGGCGCAUGCCUCAUUGAUACUGCAACACCUGGGAAAGUUACAUGCCACAUCCAUGGUGCUCGCUGAGAAGGAUCCGGAAAUAGUCAAUAAAUAUCAAAGUGGAAUGCUUAGUGAAGCUACUUUGAUGAAAUCCGAUACCUUUGAGAAUAUGUUCAACGGUUUCCUUAAGGGCCUCAUUAAUGCCACAGACAGUUGGAAAGGCUAUGAGAAGAUAACGAAGCAUCUGCAACGUUUCUCCAAUAACUUUCGAAAUAAUUGCUUGUCUGCAUCUAAACCGAAGCCGGAAGAUCGUUAUGUGGUUCUCAAUCAUGGCGAUAUGUGGACGAAUAACUUUAUGUAUGCCUACGACAACGAAUCGCAGCCUGAAGUGCCAACCCGCGCCAUCUUUGUGGACUUUCAGCUCUCCUUUUACGGCAGUCCCGCCUGCGAUUUGAACUUCUUUUUGAACACCAGCGUCAAGUUGGAGUUGCUGCAGCAGCGUCGCGAGGAGCUAAUUCAGGUCUACUAUAAGGCUUUUAAGGAGGCCUUGGAGUACGCACGCUUCGAGCAUAUUCCCACCUAUGAGGAUUUACUUUGGGAGCUGCGCAGCCGUGAGAUAUACGGAAUAUUCGCCUUAUUCGCUUUCCUGCCCAUGGUUACCCUGCCUAAGGAACUGUCCCAUGACAAUACCAUUGACAACAUGAACGAUGAGAGUUACAAAGCCAAGAAAAUGGAUGCAAUCUUCUCGCAAAAGUUUCUUAAUGAUUAUCACAAAUGGGCUCUUAAACGUGCCGAUGAACUGGGCGUCUUUAACGAUUACUAAGCUAAUGCUCCGACAGCAAGAAAUGGGUUCAUCGACUGAGACAAUCUGACCAGCACAAUAUUGAAAGCUAAUUGCUAUGUCAUACACAAUUCAGAUAUUUAUAGACCAGAGAUCAAUUAAAAUGAUCUAACAUAAAUGUGUUUCUUCAAUUAAUAUAA